AUGUAUAACAAUGUGUGUCUACAAAGUGAAAGUGCAGUGGAACGUCGUAUAGCUGUUAGACAGUUGACUAUAAAGAGCAACAAGAGCGCUAGUUGGUUUGUAGACAUCCGUAAGUUAUUCUGGCUGUAUGAACUUGGCGAUCCAGAAGAUUUGCUCGAGUCUCCAACAGAGAAGGAACACUGGAAGAGAACAGUUAACAGGACAAUAGACAAUAUAUGGUUACAACAGACACUUGCUGAAUCAAAAACAAUGAAAAUUUUGCAAAAUCUUAACAUGAACAUGGUUAAGCCAAGAAAACCACACCCUCUUCUACAACAACAGGCGGUCUCUACAUACGAUGCGAACCGGCAAUUACUCAAACUCAAGUUCAUGUGUGGCAAGUACAUUUUGCAGAGUGACCGGGCAUCCUUUAGUAAAAACAAGGUAGAUGACACAUGCAGAGUGUGCUACAAGUCUCCUGAGACACUUCAACACAUGGUCCUUGAAUGUUCGGGCUUGUCUGCGGUACGAGAUCCUAUCCUCCGUGACAUAGAGAGUGAGAUCGAAAAAUCCUUCCCAUGUCUGUGGAAAUCGAUAGUCAAGACUUUGAAGAAGAAGAAGAAGAAGGAGAUGAGUUUUGACGAUACUGGUUUAUGUAUAAUAAUCAACAUCCAGGAGUUCCCUGGCACGAAGAUGCAGCCUCGCGUUGGCUCGGAAAAAGAUAGAGACAACCUAAAAAAAACAUUUACGUGGCUGGACUUCGAUGUUAAAUGCUACGACAAUCUGAGUGGGCGCGCAAUGAUUCGGAUGCUUGAAUAUGUCGCGAAAAAAAUCGAUCAUACCAAUUAUGACUGUUUUGUGUGUUGUAUCCUGACACAUGGAGAGCUAAACCACCUGUGUGGAAGCGAUGGAGAACCUAUUCCAUUAAAGAAACUUACCAACAACUUUAACAUCGACAGUUGCCCAGGUCUAGCAGGAAAGCCCAAGCUGUUCUUACUGCAAGCCUGUCAGGAUGAACCCCUUGUGGAGGGCGAGAAGCUACAAGUUGACUCUUCGAAGGCUUCAGAGGUUGAAACGUUGCCAAAUCAUUCUGACUUCCUGAUCGGCUACUGCACUGCUCCGGGUCACCCUGCCUACCGGGAUUCAACAGGCUCGAUUUACAUCAAAACGCUGUGUGAACAGCUUAUAAAGCGUGCUCACAGCAGCGACAUUCUGAGGAUUCUGACGAUGGUUAACUUAGAAGUCUCUAAGUGGGUAGAUACAAUAGAAAAUAAAAGAGUCAAACAGAUGCCUGCUCCACAGUCCAUGUUACGUAAGCUUUUGUUUCUGAAACCCAGCGAAAGCAAGACUUGA